AUGGGUGACAAAUUUGGUCGAAGAAGCAUGCUUUUCGCAGGAGGGACCAUUAUGAUCCUCGGAGCUGCUAUCCUCGGAUCCUCGAUCAAUAUUCCUCAGCUGAUCGCUAGCCGUAUUAUAACCGGCAUUGGCAACGCCCUGGAGGACAAGGAUGCUGACGACGUGGAGAUCGAAAGGAUGAUACUUGACAUCCGUUUUGGUCUUGAGGAGGAGGCCAAAGGUGGACCAUUUCGAUUCAAGGAACUAUUCAGUUGGGGCGAGGUCCAAGAUCUGCGAAGACUGAUUAUCACAAUCUCGGUCCAACUGUUUUAG